AUGAAGAGGAUGGGGUAGGGGGUUGGGAAAGAAAACACCAUACUGGGAAUUUACUAUUCUUAGCUUCCCAUGUAGAAAAGUCAUACUAUGACAUGAUUUGAUUUGUAAUUACCCUAACUUAGGAGUAGAGUUAUGUUAGAGCCCAUGCUCUUUCCUGUCUGGGAGGCCUCAUAACCUUUUGUAGGAUUAUCUUGGGCAUUUCUGUGUACCUGAUUAUUUCUUCCCCAUACACCAGGCCCAGCCCUCUGUUGUAUUUUAAUUGCCAGGUUUGAAAUCAUCUGGGAUAAGAGCUAGAAGUUUGGCAGAAUGUGGGCCACUUUCUUUCUCUUUCCCAUUCCCUUCCCCCCUUCACUUUCCCUCUCUGCUUGGGGAGCUAGGGUUGGAACUUGACUGAUGCAAUAUACAAGAAUCCUGUCCCCAGGUACUGUAGGCUUUAUUCACUUUUAAUUGGUAGUUGAUGGCAGCAUCUCUAACUCUCUUGCCCCAGCUUCCUGUUCUAAUUGGCUCUCUGGAGGUUCUAACUUCUGCUAAUCAGCCAGGACCGAGUUGUAAUACAAACAGGAGUCUUGGGACCAUGACUUUAUUUUUUUGAACUCCAUUCUUGUUUCUUUUAAGUUUCUUUACUAAUAAUUUCAAACAACUUGAUCUUUGAAACCUUUGGGGUAUAGAAAUCCUUUGGGCAUUAUUGCCAGAGCAAAAGAUGCCUAAAGAGCACUAGCCUCCUCUGGCCUGUGCCAGUUGACUUAUUUUGCCUGAUCAUUGCUUCUACCCCUGGCAAGGGGAGGGGAGAGAAGUCGUGGAGAUGGACGACUGUUCUUUGGAUGAGGUGUUAAAUAUUCCCCUGGGGAAGGGUGAAAGUGUGAAAUGCCUGGCUGAGCUAGCUGGACUAGGCAAAGAGGUCAUUUGAGGUGGUUGAUUUUCAAACUAUUUGUCUGCUAGCUCUUUGGAACAAUUAAUCUUACUUGUUUCUCUUUAUCACAAGGGCUUGCAUAUUUGAAAUAUGUUUUAGGACUUUUUUUUUUUUUUGGCAAGGCAGUGGGGGUUAAGCGACUUGCCCAGGGUCAUACAGCUAGUAAGUGUCAAGUGUCUGAGGCUGGAUUUGAACUCAGGUACUCCUGAAUCCAGGGCCGGUGCUUUAUCCACUGCGCCACCUAGCUGCCCCAUGUUUUAGGACUUUUUGCUAUAGAUUCAAAUAUUCUGUGAAAAACAAACAUACCCAUCUCUCUGUGUACACAGACACAUUUUAUGCACUUGUGUUUCAGAGAAUUCUACAACCUUGUAGGAGACUAUCGCAGACCAUCGAUGCUUUUACAGACCACACUUGGAGGACGAGUGUUGUAGGUGUUUGCUCUGAAUACCAUCUCAACAACAUUCUAGGUCGAGGCAAAGGAACUCCUUUCACCAUCUUCCUUUUUCAAGAUCCAAUUCCCACAUAUUUCAUAUGUUUUAAGAAUAAAGUAUAAGGCUUUUCCUUAAGAUGGCACGGAAGGCGAAGAAGGAAGCAGUUGUUCCCCCCAAGAUGGAAGCCAAGUCCAAGGCUUUGAAGGCCAAGAGGGCGGUAUUGAAGGGUGUACACAGCCACAAAAAGAAGAUCAGGACAUCCCCCACCUUCCGGCGACCCAAGAUUCUAAGGCUUCGAAGGCAGUCCAAGUACCCUCGGAAAAGUGCCCCAAGGAGAAACAAGCUUGACCACUAUGCCAUCAUUAAGUUUCCCUUGACCACUGAGUCUGCUAUGGAGAAGAUAGAGGACAACAACACCCCUGUCUUCAUUGUGGAUGUCAAGGCCAACAAGCAUCAGAUUAAGCAAGCUGUAAAGAAGCUUUAUGACAUUGAUGUGGCCAAGGUCAACACACUGAUCAGGCCUGAUGGAGAGAAGAAGGCCUAUGUCCGACUGGCUCCAGACUAUGAUGCUUUGGAUGUUGCCAACAAAAUUGGAAUCAUCUAAAUGGUGUCCAGGAGGACUCAGUUCAAAUGUUUCCCCAGACACUUGACACUUAAUAGCCACGUGACCUUUCGUUCAUCAGCAACUCACUUUACCUGAAUUGUCCUGCAUAC